AUGGGAAGUUCGGAGUUGGAACCCACGAUUGAUAUAUUCAAGAUACAAUGGCGCAUGCCUCACGUACUGCUGAACGAGAUACAUAAGUUGUCGAUGCUGCGUACUCUGGAGAGCGGACGGUACCUGAGCAUGGCUUUUCGUUCGUGGGAUCUGUACGAGUUUCCACUAUUGCAGCAAACAACUAAGCAUUCGUGGGCCAUCAAGACCGCUACUCAGCUCGAGAAGCCACGAUAUGUUAUCUUUGCUCUGCAGACGGGUCGAAAGAACAUUGUGUCCGAGGAUCCAAGCCGAUUCGAUCAUUGCAAAUUGACAAACGUGAAACUGUAUCUGAACUCGGAAUGUUAUCCAUACGACGAUAUGAACUUGGAUUUCGAUAAAAAUAAAUGGGCGAUUCUGUACGACAUGUACGCGCGUUUCUGCAAGGGUUAUUAUGGAUACGAGUAUCUCGAGCCGAACCUCACCACUUCACCUUUUCUACUUAACGGUCCGUUCGUAAUCAUCGAUUGCUCUCGACAGAACGAAUCGAUCAAGAGCGCAACCGUGGACGUGCGCAUAGAAUUUGAGUGCAAAGAGAAUGUGUCGAUGAAUACCACCGCGUACUGCCUCAUCAUACACGAUUGUGUGAUACAGUACAAGCCGUUGACAAACGUUGUGCGCAAAAUCACCUAA